AUGCCUAAACUCUUUGAGACCUUUCAGAUGUCAACCUCCAGUUUCUCCGAUAUCAUUAGCUCUAUAAGGCCUGAUAUGCUGAUAUACGAUGUUUUUCAACCGUGGGCGGCCAAGAUUGCCUUAUCACUAGGCAUUCCGGCCGUCCAUUUCGCCACUUCAGGAGCUGCACCGUAUUCGUUUUACCUUCAUUACUUCAUAUCUGCCAAUUCAGUUUUUCCAUUUGAGGCAAUAUAUCUUCGAGACUAUGAAAGAAAGGCUUUGGAAGCAAUGGCUCCUUCUGAUCGAAGAAACAAACAGAAAGAUCAAGAUUCUGGAUUUGACCACUUCAGGCUAUCUUGUGAUAUUGUUCUGAUGAGAACCUGCAGGGCAAUUGAAAGAAAAUACAUAGACCACUUAUCUUUCUUGUGCAAAAGAAAACUGGUUCCUGUUGGUCCACUUGUUACACAUGCUAACAGUGAAGAAGCAAAGCAUGCAGAGAUCAUGCAAUGGUUAAGUAAGAAAAAUCAGUUUUCAACUGUUUUCAUUUCCUUUGGAAGUGAAAACUACUUGUUUAAGGAUCAGAUGGUAGAGAUAGCAAAAGGGUUGGAAGCCUGUAAUGUUAACUUUAUAUGGGUUGUCAGAUCUCCUCUUGGAGAAAGAGUUAGCAUAGAAGAGGUACUGCCAACAGGAUUUCUUGAUAGGGCAAAAGACACAGGGAUGAUUUUGCAGGGAUGGGCUCCGCAGGCUAACAUUUUAGCACAUCCAAGUACAGGGGCUUUUCUGAGUCAUUGUGGCAUGAGUUCCAUCAUUGAAAGCAUUUAUUUUGGUGUUCCAGUUAUAGCCAUGCCUUUGAAACUUGACCAGCCCUUGAAUGCUAGGCUAGUGGUCGAGGCUGGUGUCAGUGUUGAAGUCGAGAGAGAUGAAAAUGGAGGUUUUCGCGGAGCUGGUGUUGCAGACGCAAUAAAUAAGGUCAUCAUGGAGGAGACGGGGGAAGUUAUGAGGCUUAAAGCUGCAGAACUAAGUAAGAAAAUGAAAAAUGAAGAAGAAGAUGCAGUAAAUGAUACAGCAGAUCAGCUACGUAAGCUUUGUAUGGAGCAUAAGUUGCAGAAGUGA